AUGGCUGGAGUUGCAACAAUGGCUCGGAUCCAUCACCGGAACGUUAGGCGUAUAUUUGAUCACAUGCUUGACAAGAGGAACAAGCGACUACUGAUACUUUCAGAACUGUGUGGCGCUGGGUCUUUGUGGUCUUUAAACGCUGAAUUCUGUUUAACAUUAGGCCGGCCGUCAACUAACUUUAUAGAGGAUACAUUUGUGCAGCUGGUAAUAGCUAUCCAAUACAUACAUAGACAUCUCGACGGUCCAAUGAAGCGUCGUCCCCUGAUCAUUGAUCCAAAAAGCGUUUACUUUACCGAUGGAGGGAUAUUAAAGAUAGAUCUAGUUAGAAUAUUGAUAUGUAGCCAGGAGCCUGAGGUUCGUCGGUUCCUGCUUAGGUCCUCGUAUGAUAGCGAGGAUGCUGCUGAACGAUCUUCUGAUCUGACAUGGUACUUAGCUCCCGAGACACGUACUUCGCGAUUCUUCACAGAAAAAUCCAGCAUUUAUUCUGCAGGGAAUAUUGUCCGCGAGCUUAUUGUUCCAUGGGGGUGGAAAAAAUCAGAUCCACACUUGACCGACCCAUCUAUUUCAUCACCACUAGAUACAUCUAGUGGAUUUUUCAGACUAAGCCUUGAGCUGCUUGAACUAUUAAAUUGGUCGUGCUGUAAAACUCAACGUGACAGACCAAGCUCAGAGCAGCUUCUAGACAAGAUGACUAGAAUGGGUUUUGUGCAGAGAGCAGAGCAGAGACAAGGGGUUGUUCGGUUAGAUGAUGGAAGCACAUUAUUGAUGAAGGCAGUCAGAGAGGACGAUUCUACUUCUGCACGGUUACACAUAGGUCAGGCAGGUCUCUCAAACAACGACGGGCUCACCGCUCUUAUGAUUGCUGCUAUUCUCAAUCGUGCAGCUGUGGCUAAAAUGCUCUUGAAACGGGAGUCAUUUUUCACUGCAGAGAAAUUCGUUCUGCGCGGAUGGCACUUUUCAGAUUGCACAGCACUUAUGCUAGGAGCGGCGCACGGAUCCAUUGACGUGUGUCGCCUAUUACGCCCCAUAGAAGGCGGGAUUCAGACCUCUAAGGGUUGGACUGCACUAAUGUACGCUGCGGGUUGCAAGCAAAUCGCAACAACUGCGAUGCUUUUGCAGACGGAGGCUGGCCUUUGUACAAAUCAGUUGAGCGACUUUGGACGCGGUUUCACAGCCCUCAUGUCUGCUGCAUAUAACGAUAGCCAAGACACAUGUCGUUUACUAGCUAGCAAGGAGGCAAACAUGUUUACCACACUGGAUAACAAGAAGUACCCGGGCUGGUCUGCAUUAGUCUUCGCGGCUGCAGUAUGUAGUCUGAGAUGUACCAGGAUUCUCAUAGAGUAUGAGGCAGAGAAAUUCGGUAUUCUUGCCCUUCAGAGCGUGGGUAAACUAAACAAAAAGAAGGCAUUGGAGGAACAAAAGCUUCUUGUAUAUCAGAAGCUACUAGAUCAUGUAACAAGGCAAAGAGACACCAACCUGACUGAUUCUUCAUCAAACUCUCUUCAACGCUUGAGUAAGUCCACUUACGUAUGCGCUAUAGGUGGUAGAAAGGGAUCAGUAAUAAAGCAGUGUACUAAAUGUAGUUCACCAUCCUAG